UCCUCGGAGCGUUUUUAACGUUACUCCAGCGUCUGACUAGCGCAACUAUUUUCCCGAUAACCACUUCUCUGUAGGCGAUUAUUAUCAAUUUAAAGUGUACUUCUCUACCUCAGCGGCUACGACAUGGCGGGGAACUUCUGGCAGAGUUCUCAUUAUCUGCAGUGGGUCCUGGACAAACAGGACCUGAUGAAAGAGCGCCAGAAGGACCUGAAGUUCCUCACAGAAGAGGAGUAUUGGAAGCUGCAGAUUUUCUUUGCCAAUGUGAUCCAGGCAUUGGGUGAACACCUGAAGCUUCGUCAACAGGUCAUUGCCACUGCAACUGUAUACUUUAAGCGUUUCUACUCCAGGUAUUCUCUGAAAAGUAUAGAUCCGGUGCUCAUGGCUCCUACCUGCGUUUUCCUGGCUUCUAAAGUUGAGGAAUUUGGAGUUGUUUCCAAUACCAGGCUGAUCUCUGCAGCAACAUCAGUGUUGAAGACCAGAUUUUCCUAUGCUUUCCCUAAGGAGUUCCCUUACAGAAUGAAUCAUAUAUUCGAAUGUGAGUUCUACCUUUUGGAACUGAUGGACUGUUGCCUGAUCGUCUACCACCCCUACAGACCUCUGCUGCAGUAUGUGCAGGACAUGGGACAGGAGGACAUGCUGCUGCCUCUGGCCUGGCGAAUAGUGAAUGACACAUACAGGACGGAUCUCUGUCUCCUCUACCCUCCCUUCAUGAUCGCCCUAGCCUGUCUACACGUUGCCUGUGUGGUGCAGCAGAAGGACGCCAGGCAGUGGUUUGCAGAGCUCUCAGUCGACAUGGACAAAAUCCUGGAGAUUAUCCGCGUCAUUUUGAAACUCUACGACCAGUGGAAAAAUUUUGAUGACCGUAAGGAGAUAGCUGCUGUCUUAAACAAGAUGCCAAAACCCAAACCACCUCCUAACAGUGAGAAUGACCAGAGCUCCAAUGGGAACCAGAGCAACUCCUACAGCCAGUCUUAGCAAUGUGUCUGCAUUCCACGGGAAUCCAUAACGUCAAUGUAGAGAGGAGUCUUUUUAAAAUGUCACACAGCACGACCUUUGCAAUGCCAGCUGAAAGGAAAAAACACACAUUUCAGCUGAGCCAGAUUCAUCUUUGGCCGACGCCCCGGCAAAGACACGACUUCACCUCUCUGAUCUUUAUGGGUUUAUGGAUUGCGGAAGCGGCCACUGAAAAACCUGCAGUGAGCGGCCGAUCGACGACGACAAACUGUGACGGUGUCUCGAUGAGGCUCUCUACUCGGCUUCAGACUUGAAAUAAACUAAAAACUGAGGAACACUGGGGGAGGAGGGGGGAGAGAUGAGGGGAGAACAGAUGUAAGGGUUCAGUAGAAACCUGUCAUUGUGAUGAUCCUGACAUCCUUGAACAGCCCCGCGGUGCAAAUCUUUAGGGCUCCGUGGGAUUCGAGAAAACUUAAUCACAAGUACUGUGUGUGUGGGUGUGUUUGUGCGUAUGUGCUACGUGUGAGCGGCCAGUCUGGGCGGGUUUCAGCUCCUCAGGGAUUGCAGUAGUCUUCUCUGUGCUGUGAGAGCGUGGAUCUGAUUGGAUGCGCAACUGUGAUGUGCUGGGAUUCACCUGCUCUCUAGAGUCUGUUCCAGUUGAUCAAAGACCUAAGGCAGGAAAGAUCCUCUUUAAGGUAGAAAUGAGCUCUUUGAAUGCAAGAUUUUACUGUUUUGAAUCAUGACAGCUCCACCUCCUCCCCUCCUCCCCCAAUUCCCUCAUCCCUUUUGUAAAUAGCCUUAUGAUUCUUUUAUCUUUUGUGUAAGGAAACCGAUGGAAAUCAGUAGCUGGUUUAGCUUUGUGCUUCAGGUGAAAGUGCCCCUGUUUGUUUCACUGUCACAAUUCCUUUGGCUCGCUCCAAGCCUUACUCGUUUUAUUGUGAAUUAUGUUUUAUGUAAACUUUAAAUUUGGAGCUCUUUCCUUGAGUAAAUGCAAAUCAUAGUCAUUCUA